GGAGAGUAGUAGGAUCCAAACAUGAGAGGGAAACAGAGACAGCACCGUCAGCGUGGUGCAGCUGCAGCGGAAGACGAGUCAAUCACUGCAAACCUUUCUUCUUCUCCUUCUCCUUCGCAAGGUUACCACCAGUACCACAACCAUAAUUCGAGGAAUCAAGGUCAACGACAACACCCCGCCAAAUUGAAAUUCCGCAUUGUCAACAAGUCAGAACAGGUGUCUUCUUUUGAUUCUGAUUCUGUUAUGGUUGGCGUUGAUCAUUUACGCCAACAAGUUUCCCUUGACCAUGACGAUUCUGAUGUCACCGUCACACUCCAAAAUCACCAAAAAGAGAACAUUGAUGCUGAAACCGAUCCUUCAAGCAAGGCUAUGGAAGGGGAUACUAAUGAUAAUGAUAAAGAUAAAGAUGUUAUGGGUAGGCUUGAUAAGUUAAUCAGUGAUAUGGAAGAACCUGAAUUUUCCGACGAGCAGAUCAGAAUCAAUGACCAAUUGCAGCAAGAUGAGUUACUUGUGGUUGAGUCAAUUUAUGGAGAAAACGUUUUCAGCCUCGAGAGAUGGAAAGGCCUGCGUUGUUUUCAGAUACACAUAUACAUUGAUGUUUUGGGUGAAAUUGCCAUUACUGCUAAGCUGAACUCUUUUAAUGAACUUGAGACAGUAAGCAGCAAUUCGGAUGGCUUCUUAUACUCUUUCAAAGUCCAAUAUCUUCCACCCAUUGUUUUGACGUGUUUAUUGCCUGAGUCAUACCCAAGCCACCAUCCACCUUUGUUUACAAUCUCUGUUCAGUGGUUGGAAACCAAAAAGAUUUCCAGUCUAUGCUCCAAAUUGGAUUCAAUAUGGGCAGAACAGCAUGGGCAGGAAGUAAUUUACCAUUGGGUAGAAUGGUUACAUGGUUCUUCUCUUUCUCAUCUGGGAUUUGAUAAGGAAAUUACACUUGGUCCUUAUGGCAUGAAUCGUAUUGUAGAUGAGCGUGCUGUUUCAGGGAUUGUUUCUAUUGAUGUUGAUAUUCCUUUCUUACGAAAUUACAACAAUGAGAGACACCAUGAGAACUUCUUCAAAGAAUUGCAUGAAUGUUGCAUUUGCUAUAGUGAAUAUGCAGGCUCUGAGUUUGUCCGGUUACCAUGUGAGCAUUUUUUUUGCCUCAAAUGCUUGCAGACCUUUGCCCAGAUACAUGUAAAAGAAGGCACCAUUAGCAAUCUUCAAUGUCCAGAUGCAAAAUGUGCGGUUAUGAUUCCACCUGGCCUUUUAAAACACUUACUGGGUGACAAAGAUUAUGAACGCUGGGAAUCCAUGAUGUUGGAGAAAACACUUGCAUCAAUGUCUGAUGUUGUUUAUUGCCCAAGAUGUGAAACACCUUGUAUAGAGGAUGAAGACCAGCAUGCUCAAUGCCCGAAAUGCUUUUUUAGCUUUUGUACCCUUUGCAGGGAACGACGCCAUGUUGGCAUAGCAUGCAUGACACUAGAUAUGAAGCUUCAGAUUUUGCAGGACCGUCAAAAUUCGUCUCAAUUAAAGGAUGAUCAAAGGCAUAGGGAACUUGAAAAGAUCAAUGAAAUGCUCAGUAUGAAAGAAAUUCAUCGUGAUUCCAAGCUGUGCCCUUCUUGUGACAUGGCCAUUUCUCGAACUGAAGGCUGUAACAAAAUGAAGUGCAGUAAUUGUGAACAAUAUUUCUGUUACCGCUGCAACAAAGCAAUUGAUGCAUCGGAUCCAUAUGGACAUUUCAGGGAUGGGUCGUGUGAAUUGUUCCCACGAGAAAUGAUUGAGACCUGGCAAGAGCGCGUAAAUCAUCGCCAGGUAGUAGGACAAAUACAGGCUGAACUCUUUCCUCAACGUGGUCUGGCAUGUCCUAGUUGUCGUCAAUUUAAUGCCAAGGUUGGGAACAAUAAUCACAUGUUUUGCUGGGCUUGCCAAAGCCAUUACUGCUACUUAUGCAAAGAAAUUGUCAGGCGUGGCAGUAAGCAUUAUGGACCAAAGGGCUGCAAACAGCACAGCGAGGGAUAGUAUAAGCCGACACUCCCCGACACUCUAGCACGUGUUGCAGAGACUCAAAAAGGGUUUGAAGGUUGCGUUGCGUUGCUUUUUUAGUUCCAACUAUUAGAUUCGUUGGAUUACGAUUACCAUUUCAUUUAGUUUAAUAUAAAUAUUUGAGAUAUCUUAUGUUUCUUUGCAAAAUUGAUGAAUAUUAUA